GCUGUCGAUAAUCCGAAGCUAGAGGCUCUCAUACUCACUUCCACUACAGCAGAUAGAUAAGACGAAACAAUAAUGUCUGUGUCAGCGAUCUUUGGCACCGGACUCGUCACCGUCGCUGCUUCUCCGGCUCUUCGCCAGUUUCAAAUCCCUAAACUGGGAAACGGAGGAGGUCUGGGAAUGGUGAUAGAGUGUUCGUCGAGGCCGCAGAAGAAAUCGACGGCACAUCACAGGAAGACGAGGCCGAAGAAGACGCAGCCUUGGGACAUUAAGAGAAAGCCCACCGUUUAUGCUCCUCUUCCUCCUCUCCCUCCGGAUUGGUCUCCUCUCGCUCUUUCAUCCGACGGUAGUACUGUCACUUCCGCUGGAGAUUUGGUUCCAGGCGCCGCCGCGUAGUUACGAGUUAUCUAUCUGCUGGUCUGGUUGUAAUCUUGUCUGAAAGCUUUUGUUAUUUGUCUGUUUCUGUUAAUUCAGUUUUCUUCAGAUGUACGGUGUAUUGAAUGGAACAAACUGCAGUUUUUUUUUUUU